UUUUUAGGCUAUGGUGGAGGGAGCAGUGACUGUAGCUGUGUUCGAUGUAAACAUAGCUGGCAACUCGACGGCGAAUGGCAUGUCAUAUUUACAAGAUGAGAUGCAGCCUGACACAGAUGCCAUGGCCCCUCUCAACCUGGGUGACUUGGACUUGACCACUGACGAGUUCAUCUUGGAUGAAGUGGAUAUUCACAUACAAGCUAAUCUGGAAGAUGACUUGGUGAAGGAGGCACUGAAAACGGGAGUUGACCUCAGGCAUUACUCUAAACAGGUGGAGGGUGAACUCCAACGAAUUGAACAAGCUUCCAUCAAAGACUAUAUCAAGGAGAGCCAGAACAUUGCCUCUCUGCACAACCAGAUCACAGCCUGUGACUCCAUACUGGAGCGAAUGGAGUGCAUGCUGAGCGGCUUCCAGAGUGACCUCUCGUCCAUCAGCAGUGAGAUCCAGACUCUGCAGCAGCAGUCGGUCAGCAUGAACGUGCGGCUGAAGAACAGGCAGGCCGUACGCAGCCACCUCAGCCAACUGGUGGAUGAGCUGGUGGUGCCCGGAGCUAUGAUCCAGGUAAUCGUGGAUAGCCCGGUUACGGAGCAGGAGUUCCUUGAGCAGCUCCAUGAACUCAACAACAAGAUCAAUUUUGCCAAAGAGCUCAGCUUCAGGGAGACUUUGGCCUGCUCUGACAUCCAGGACAUCGUGGACCGCCUCAAAAUCAAGGCUGUCACAAAGAUCAGAGAAUUUAUCCUGCAGAAGAUUUAUUCCUUCAGAAAGCCCAUGACCAACUAUCAAAUCCCUCAGAACACUCUCCUUAAGUACAGGUUUUUCUAUCAGUUCCUCUUGGCAAACGAAAGGACAGUAGCUAAGGAGAUCAGGGAUGUGUACGUGGACACCAUGAGUAAGAUCUACUACAGCUACUUCAAGUCCUACAGCGGCAGGCUGCUCAAAGUACAGUAUGAGGAGGUGGCAGACAAAGAUGACCUGAUGGGAGUGGAAGACACGGCCAAGAAAGGUUUAUUCUCCAAGCCCUCCCUGAAGAGCAGGAACACCAUCUUCACCCUGGGCCAGCGGGGGGCCGUGCUGAGCCCUGCCGAGCUGGAGGGGCCCAUCCUCAUCCCCCACACUGCCCAGAGAGGGGACUGCAGGUAUCCCUAUGAGACGCUGUUCCGCAGUCAGCACUACGCCCUCUUGGACAACGGCUGUCGAGAGUUCCUCUUCCUGUUUGACUUCUUCAUGGUGGCUGGAAACUCUGUGCUGGACCUCUUCAACAGCGUCAUGGGAAAGACACUCAGCUUGUUCCUGAAGAGCAUGUCCACCUAUGUAUCGGAUUGCUACGAUAGCAUCGCUGUGUUUCUGUGUAUCCACAUCAUCCUGCGUUUCAGAGCCAUCACAACCAAGGGGGCCAUCCCAGCCCUGGACAAGUACUGGGAGGCGGUGCUGGAGCUGCUGUGGCCCAGGUUUGAGCUCAUCCUGGAGAUGAACAUUCAGAGCAUCUGCAACACGGACGCCCCAGAAACUGGGCGUGUUGGACACCAGACCACACUAUAUCACACGUAGAUACGCUGAGUUCUCUUCUGCCAUCGUUAGCAUUAACCAGACAUUCACCAGCGAGUGAACCAACACCCUCCUUGGCCAACUGCAGGUA